GUUAAUAACUCGUGACGUCAUAUCCUUUGCAGUGGUUUUCGCGCACGAACUGAAGUUGUUUCUCCGCCGUUUCUUCUGAACUUGUUUUCAUCCUCUUGAUAUUCCUUUUACAACACUGGCAGCCAUGGCCAGUCCCGUAGAUAUCCUAAGCAAGGUGAUAGAGCAAACAGCUAAGGUGAUCGAGGAGGAAGUGGAUGCUAAGUUAAGCAAACUGAAUGAAAUGGAUGAUGACGAACUGGAGAGGCUGAAGGAGAGGCGAUUGGAGGCACUUAAAAAAGCACAGAAGCAAAAGCAGGAGUGGCUGUCCAAAGGCCAUGGAGAGUACAGAGAAAUCUCCAGUGAGAAGGACUUUUUUGGUGAAGUGAAGGAGAGCAAGAAUGUUGUCUGCCACUUUUACAGAAAUUCAACCUUCAGAUGUAAGAUCAUGGACAAACACUUGGGUAUCCUGGCAAAGAAGCAUGUGGAAACCAAGUUCAUCAAACUGAACGCAGAAAAGGCUCCGUUUCUGACAGAGAGGCUGCGGAUUAAAGUUAUUCCUACCCUGGCUUUGGUUUUAGAUGGAAAAACAAAGGAUUAUGUGGUUGGAUUCACAGAUCUGGGCAACACAGAUGAGUUCUCCACUGAAAUACUUGAAUGGCGACUUGGAUGCGCAGGUGUCAUUAAUUACAGUGGGAACCUGAUGGAGCCUCCUACCGGAACACAAAAGUCUGGAUCAAAGAUCACUAAAGUGGAGAAGAAAACCAUCAGAGGGCGAGAUUAUGACUCUGACUCAGAUGAUGAUUAAAAAGCUUUUCGUUCUCGGGCCACCUCCCUAAAAUACUCAGCAUCAGUGCUCUUGAAUAUUUUAGUCUCAUCAUUUAUUCAUUCAUUGAUUUCCAUCGCUUUCAGUAUCAGUCAUCUUCUCUUUAUUGGGCCAAUUUAACAUUUUAUUUAAAGAAAGCCGUAACAUUUAGAUCUCUAUAUUGUCCCUAAUGAGCCAGAAGUAAGACAUGCUGUGAAAUUCAGAGGUUUUCCUUUCUUCUUCUUGUGGCCUAGAAAUUUCAAGCCUUCUUUUUGAAUCACAGGCUUGUUUGGUUCAUUUAAUUUUUCUUGUGUGUUCUGUUAGAACCAAGCCUGUGAUGCACAUUAGUGCCAUGAGAAAGUCUAUUACACUAUUAGCAUCACAACAAGUUUUUACAUGACAAUACCUUGUAGCAAAAAGUUUAACUUAAUUCCAUAUUAAAAUAAAAACAUGAA